AUGGAUGAGGAAACUCUGGAGGGCGCCAUCUCUACAUAUGAAGCCCAGCUGCAGCAAGUGGAUGCCACUCUGGCUGCUGGCCUGGACCCUUCCCAGCAAUGCGACCUACUCAAACUGAAACAGGACCUAUGCCAGCUGAUAGAACUCACCAAGGCCAGCCUGUUGUCCUUUCAAAAGAGUCUGCUUUUGGCCUCCCUGGAGAACACUGGCGGAGUGCAGGCCGAGGCGCCGAAGCCUGACACAAAAGGAGAUUUCGAUUCCGAGUUUGCUGCCUUCUAUAGUGAGCUUGGGGAGUUUUCGGGAACUAACUCUGAGACGAGGGAACCGGACCAGGAGACAGAUGCUGGUGUAGAAGAUAAGUGUGAAGACGAGGAGGGGGAGGAGGAAGAGGAAGAAACAUUGAGUGGUACCAAAGUUAGAGCGCCUUACAGGACGUCGUGGGGGACCCUAGAGUACCACAAUGCCAUGGUGGUCGGAGCAGAAGCACCAGACGGAGACGAGGCGCAAAUUAGAGUUUUGUACAUUUAUCCCACACAGAAGUCCAUGAAACCAUGUCCAUUCUAUUUGGAGGAUAAAUGUCGCUUCCAGGAUAAUUGCAGGUUUUCCCAUGGCGAAGUUGUGUACGUGUCAGAGCUCAGAGACUUUGUGGACUGUGACCUCAGUAACCUCGAGGAAGGCUCGUCCUGCUUGACCCGGCACGAGGAUGGCAUCUGGUACCCAGCCAGAAUCACAGGUAUUGACAAUGGCGUCUACACAGUCAAAUUUGACUCCCUGCUGCUAAAAGACGCAGUUGUUGAAGCCGACUGCAUCAUCCCACCACUAAGAGAGGAAGACACACCCUCCUCUGACUCAGACCCGGACAAUGCUGACGAUGAUGCAGCUUAUGCUAAAGUUUUGGAGCCCGCUGGCGAAUCGACUGCAAAUACUACUUCUUCAUUUGGAGGCUGGGAGGUCCACACCAGGGGCAUCGGAUCUAAGCUAAUGCUGAAGAUGGGCUAUGAAUAUGGCAAAGGUUUAGGUAAAACGCAGGAGGGCCGAGUCGAGCCAGUCAUGGCAGUGCUCGUACCCAAAGGCAAAUCACUGGACCAAUGUGCCGAGUUAACCUUGAGACGCGCUCACGGCAAGCCAAAUGAUGAUGUAAAAACCAGUCGGCCAAAGCGCCGACGAAAGCCAAGAGAAGCCAACGGGGAGCGCCGCACCGUUUUUGACUUUCUUAACAACAAACUCGGCGCCAAGCAGCGCAAUACCGCCGAAGAGGCGGCGGCGGGUUCGCCCGCACUCACCGGGGUAGAGGCCUACAAGGGGGGCAAGAGUGCCAAGAGAAGUCUGAAUGUGAGAUUGUUCCAGGCUGCUGAGAGGGUGUCGCAGACUGAGAGGGAGAUCCAGAACCUAACCCAAACGCUCAGCAGGCAGACGGGCAGGGACGCGUCCAGAGUGAAGCAGCUGGAACAGAAACUGUCGGCUGCUCGUCGGCUGCUGGCCCAGCAGAAGGCCCAGGAGCUGUCCAUCCAGAGAGAACAAAACAAGGCAGAUACACACAAGAAGAUGACCGAAUUCUAA